AUGCCACGACAAAAGAAGAUCAAAUUCGCACAAGGUUUCAAACACGCCACUCCAGAGGAGAUUCGUGAAGCAAUUGGCGAUUGUCACAAUGAGAGACACUAUCACUUUGAAAUGAAAAGGCCUUCCGAUGAUGAAACUAAUUUUUAUUGUCCAGUUCCGGAUCCUACAAGUAUUGAUGAUUGGUUGGCACAAUAUGUGGAGGAUCGCGAUACGUUUGAUGAGUGGAAUGGGCUGAGGAAGAAAAUUGCUGGAAAGAAUUUUCAUUUGAAGAAGAAUAUUGGCCUGUUGUGGAUUGAGAAGGAUGGAGAUUCGAAUGAUAGGAGAAAGUAUUUGACACAUUUGAAGAGAUUUGUUGAGGCUUUUUAUUAUGGAAUUAAUGUAACGAUAUUGGAUAGUGUACAUAUAAAGAAGGAUAAACAUGGUCAUUUUGUGGAAUCUGAGGAUAUCAUUUAUAGAAUCAAAUCGAGAAGAUGUCACGAAUAUGAUGAAGAUAAAGCUGGAGAGGAUGAAAUUCAAUUCAGAGCAGCUGAUGUCAUUGUACCAUUGAAUAAGCUCAGAAAACAUUUACAGGAUGAGGUAUCAUGUGUUUGUGGUGUGACAAUGGAUGAUUUGUAUAUUGGAGCAAAGGAUAGUUUCACUUGUGGCCUAGCUCAGGGAGGUGACUCUAUUGGAGUAUUUUCAAUGUGUAGAUAUGAUCCAUUAUUUAGAAAAUCAGCUCCAAAGAAGAGAAAUAAGAAAAUUACAGUCUCUUGGGAAGAGGAUGGAAUUAUCAAUGAGGAUACUCUCACAGAGAAUGAUCUUGUUAUUUUGGAGAGAUGUUGUAAGAUUGUAGUUCAUGAAAUUGCUCAUAUGGUUCAAGUUGGGCAUUGUGUCUUUUUUGAUUGUAUCAUGAACGGAUCUGGUCAUUUGGAAGAAGAUUUUAGACAAUCUAUUCAUUUGUGUCCUGUAGAUUUGAGAAAAUUCCAAUACUUGAUAGGAUUCGACAUUGCACAAAGAUAUAGAGCACUUUUAAACUUCUACGAGUCCUAUCACAUGAAGGAAGCAGCUAGCUGGACCCAAGACAUGAUUCAAUAUAUCACAAAGAGAUCUCACAAUGACGAGAGUGAAAUUAUCAAUCUCGAUGAUGAGGAGGACCAAGUAGAGGACGAGGAAAGCGACCACACUGAUGACAUUCUCAACGAAGACAUUAUUUCUUCACCCAAUAAAAAACGAAAAUAA